CAAGCCGCCGAAUCACUCCCACUCUUACCGACUCUUGCGCUUCGCGCGUGUUCCCUACUCCGGAGCGCUAGCGGCCGCUGAGCGCAACGCCGAUUUUGCUCGAUCCCUUUGUCCGCGCCCUAUUUAAAUCCGCGCACAGAAGCCGGAUCACCAUUAUUUUUUCGACACUUGUUCAGCAUACUUAUUCAGCGAUUAGUUUAGUCACUAGUUCUCAGUCACGCGUCACUCUUUAAUCUUCAAGUUAUUGUAAAUCUGCAACCUCUCUCCUACAGCUUCGCGAUCAACUCAUUGUCACUUAAGUCAAACAGUGCGUGCUCCGACAGACUGCCAUCAUCAACACAUCUCUGCGAUCGACCACCUUCAACCGUCAACCUACAUCAACCAUCUAAUUGUUACUGGACCGAGCUAUUGCUUCAAACUAUAUUAUAACUCGUGAGUACUGAUUAAUUAUUGUUUAGUUUCGCUCCCUAGAAUAUUUUCCGAUAUUUUCAUAAAUUGAACUGCGCCAUAUUAUAAGGAAUCCUUUCGAUAAUAAGGACUAUAAAGAUUAAUUGUCGAUCCACUUCCAAAUAAUUGUGAAACAACUCCUCUAGGUACAACCCUCUCCCCUCCCUUUUGCCGCGAUGAAUUCUACAACACCUAAAACCAUCAAGAAGAAUCGCCACCGCGCUGGAAAAAAGAAAAGAGAAAAGAUCCUUAAAGCUCAACAAAAAGCUCUAGAGCGGGCUUUCGAGGAAAUUGAGAAUUUCGUGGGCUACCCGCUGGAACACACCCCCCUUCCUUCUCCAGUCACAGACGCUCCGCCAGGAAAAGCAAUCUCUUCCAUUGACCUGUUUCAAGAGGACACCGUCCCUCUGGAAAAUUAUAACCAGUUAACGUCCAACGCGCCUGAGAUAAUUACGCUCAGCGAUUCCGACGACAAUCCCCCAGAGCUAGAACCAGAGUUAGAUCCAACAGCAGUAUAAUAAUAAUUCAUCCUAUACGUUGUUUUAUUAAUAAAUAUAUACAUAUAUAUAUAUCCAGAUUUCUUAUACUUAAUCUUAACUACGUGUGCUUUCCAGCAAGACACAGUGUAACACAGUGUCCAUUAGUGUGAGAAAGAACAUGUCAGUGUGUGUCGCUCACACUAGUGGACACUGUGUUACACUGUGUCUUGCUGGAAAGCACACUACAUCAAAGUCACACUAACCAAACCCCACAAGGUUUUCCAUCGGCAACAAGCUCUCGCCAUACCCGGGUAGAGUCCGUGUAAGCGGGCUGCCCGAAAUUCGAAAAGGAGAGCUCCCGCGUCGGUCAGGCGACCGAGGCGUCGCAACGCACACAUUAAGAAGAAAUAUUCCCAGACCCGGACGUUACAACGUAUCAAGUAAUGAAUUUAAGCUGAUCAGCCAAUGAUUAAACAC